UCAACGUUGAAGUAGCGAACGAGCCGUGAAUUCUUCCAGAAUGUCUUUAAAAUUGUCUUGCUGUCUGUUUGUGUUGGCUCUCGUCCUGGUGGCCUGCAGUGCUCAACGCCAAUACAAUCCGUACCUAAACAAUCCAUUCUACCGGGAUCUGUACUACAAAAACCGCGACUUGUACAAUCAGCGUCGUUACUACGAUAACUUCUACAAGAAGUACAAUCCCUACAUUGCCAAUGCUGUGGCCCGUGCUGUCGAGCAAUCGAAUGAACCCAACACUGGUUCAGGUGCCUAUUCCUACAGCUACGAGACCGAGAACGGAAUUCAUGGUGAGGAGCAGGGCAAUCCCGUCUACAUUGGCAACGGUCAGCAGGAGGAACAGGUCGAGGGCGCCUAUUCUUAUAUAUCCCCUGAAGGACUUCGCGUCGGUGUCAAGUAUCUAGCGGAUGCCAACGGUUUCCGUCCCGUUAUCACCUAUGAUGGUCCAAAUUCCGCUUUCUACGCCAACCAACCACCUCCAGCCAAUGUGGUCUAUACCAGGCACUAAAUACAUCUAGUCUUUCGACUUAUUUAAUAACAAUGUAUUUUAGCCCAAAAAACUUUAAUAAAAACCACAAAAAACUAAAA